GCCCCUGCAGAUCAUUCAUUUACAUGUUCUUGAAAUUAAUUUAAUAUAAUUAAAUUAAUCUCGCCUGUUUGAUAUACUUUGCAUGUGUGUUUAUGAGCACUGCGGUGGAUUGAUUAGCUGCACAAAUGGGUGUUUCUAACCAGUUCGUUACUAUUAAUCCUGAUGAGCUCAAAUUUCAAUUUGAGCUGGAGAAGCAAGUCUGUUGCGAUCUCAAAGUUGCAAACACAACGGACCAACAUGUGGCCUUCAAGGUCAAGACAACUUCUCCAAAGAAAUACUUUGUGCGACCAAACACUGGUGUUAUACAGCCUUGGGACUCAUGUGUCAUACGAGUAACCCUCCAAGCUCAAAAAGAGUACCCUCCAGAUAUGCAGUGUAAAGAUAAGUUUCUCCUGCAAAGCACCAAAGUGUCUCAACAGACUGAUAUUGAUGAGCUUCCAGCAAAUACUUUUAAUAAAGAGGGCGGGAAAGUUGUGGAAGAUUGCAAGCUUAGGGUUGUGUACGUCUUUCCUUAUUCGGGCUCAACAAAUGGAGAAGAUGGUAUCAAAGAUUCUAGCAAUGUAUUGCAGCGUCUCAGAGAUGAAAGGGAUGCAGCUGUCCGACAAACACAACAGCUGCAGCGGGAUGUGGAAAGAGUGAAGAGGCAAAGAAGUAGGGGAAAUGAGCUAACCUUUUCUUUCAAAUUUGCACUUUACGUGGCACUCUUUGGCAUUGCAUCUGGCUUUCUAUUGAACCUGUGGUUAUCCUCGGCUCCAACUGCAGUACCUCAUAUAAGUGCAUCAUCCUCGCCUCCAGUUCCAACACCUCCAGCAGACAUGUCCUCGUCCUCACCUCCAAAAACACCACCUCCUACAGAUGCAUCGUCCUCGCCUCCAGCUCCUACACCUCCUCCAGAUGAGUCCUUGUCCUCGCCUCCAACUCCAAUACCUCCUACAGAUGCCACAUUGUCCUCGCCUCCUGCAGAUGCCUCGUUGUCCUCGACUCCAACUGCAAUACCUCCUACUGAUGAGUCAUCCACACCUCCUGCAGAUUCAGCACCCUCUACACCUCCUGCAGAAUAACUCUACUCUUUACAUUCUCAAAAUGUCCUAGUUUUUCACUUUAUUAUUCUUCCUUUUGCUAAGUAGCUUUUCCCUCUAUUGUAUAAUUCUAAUAUUUGCUCUAAAUUGUUAACCACUGCACUUUGUUAUUUUCUUUGUAAAUUUGAUUGUUGUUAUAAAUUAGUUUUGAAGUCAAUAUGUAUUAAGAAAAUUCAAUAUG